AUGAUGCACCCUGUUGCCAGCAGUAAUGCAGCUUUCUGUGGGACUGGCAAGAGUUCUUGCCUUAACGAAGAGAACGUGAGAGCCGCCGAUCAGUUUGACUUGUAUGCCACGCAGCAAAGCAAAUACGGCCACGCGGUCGGCCACAAACCCAUCGCCUGCCAGAGACAAGAUGCGUUGAACGAAUCGCACUUGCAGACCACGAGUGGCAGGAAUAUAGAGACAAAAGACGAACUAAAGAAAAAGAAAAACCUCAACCGAUCUGGUAAACGUGGGAGACCGUCGGGGACCACCAAAUCGGCGGGGUACCGAACCAGCACAGGUCGACCCCUGGGGACCACCAAAGCAGCUGGAUUUAAGACAAGUCCAGGCAGACCCUUGGGUACAACUAAAGCAGCAGGAUACAAAGUCAGCCCAGGCAGACCUCCAGGAAAAAAGCAGCAAGCCUUCAGGUGUUCCAGUGAUGCCUAACACAUAUUGAGCUGGACUUUAUGCUGUACUUUACAAUAGGUGUGUUGAAUGGUUUUGGGGGAACUGUAUAUGCACUGGCAACUCAGACAAUGAACCUCAGCUGUACCGGAUGGCUCCUUAGGCGAUAGAUGAACUAAUGGCAGCUAAACUGCUACUAAAAAAAAUAGUGUCUUCAUGCUGAAGCUAUGAAAUCCAGUUAUCCGUUGUGUUCCUCAACAAACUUGCCAGCCUGAACUUUAGCAGUCUUUCUCGGAACGAUGUAACUUCCGACACACACGUGAAAUGCUAACGUGAGUUAAUUCACCCUCAGGAUCUGUGUUGCAUUGGCUGGUUCUAAUCAGAUGGUUUUUCAACAAAAGGCUGCUUUCAGUUCUUUCCUGAACUCAGCUGGGAAAGCAGUCCUCUUCAGCUGAAUGUAGUAACUGCAGGAGAGCCGCACCUCGCUGGCAAGGAACGUGUUGCAUGUCACCACUGUCCCUUGGAGAACCUCCGCUUCUUACCUCCUCCUGUUUAUCCCGUUUGCUCCUGGUCUGUUUCUCACCCGUGCAUCUGCCCAGCGGGGCCGUGCUGUGUGUCAGGAGAUCGCGAUGCCGGUGUGUUGCUGUUCCGCUAGGAUAAUGAAUUUUGUGUUCGAGGAUGCCGAUGAAAUAAUGAAAUCAUCUCAGCGGUUUCUGUUCCAUUACAGUGUUUACUAAUUACAUCAGAUGGAUGUAAUAAGAGCC